AUGUCUAAACGAAAACUUAAAGUACUUUCACUAAGUGAUAAGCUUAAAAUUGUGAGUGAAUUUGAGAGUGGGAAGCUACGAGACGUUUUAACUAGUGAAUAUGGUUUGUCAGAAUCCACUUUUUAUAGAAUAAUAAGAGAAAAGGAUUCCAUAAAAUCAGAAUGUUUUGAGGGCCACGGAAAUAUUAAAAGAAAACGUGUAGUGGAAUUUCCUGAUCUCGAAAAGUGUCUUUUAGAAUGGUUGAAACAAGUUUUGGAUAAAAACAUUCCUAUAGACGGGCCAUUGUUAAAAGGAAAGGCUCAAGUUUUUGCAAAAAAAUUAGGAAUCCAGAACUUUGCAGCAAGUAAUGGUUGGUUAGAGGGAUUUAAAAAGCGACACAAUUUAGUUUUCAAAAAUAAAGUUGGAGAAAUUAAAUCUGGGGAUCAAGAUGUGUGCAAUGAAUGGACUGAAAAUUUACCAACUCUUUUAAAAGAAUAUGAUGCGAACAACAUUUACAAUGCAGACGAAACUGCACUAUUUUUUAAGUGCCUUCCAAAUAAAACGUUUACCUUUAGAGGAGAAGAUUGCUGCGGAGGAAAGCAAAGUAAAGAGCGCCUUACAGUUCUUCAUUGUGCCAACAUGACUGGGACAAACAAGUUGCCUCUUCUUAUUAUUGGAAAAUCAAAAAAACCUCGAUGUUUUAAAGGUGUAAAGACUCUGCCAGUUGACUACAAUAGUAACAGCAAGGCUUGGAUGACGAGAAACAUAUUUACGGAAUGGUUACACAAAGUUAACAAUAACAUGAAAAAGAAAAAAACAAAAAUUCUUCUCUUUGUGGAUAACUGUGCUGCACACUCGAAGCUACCAAAGUUAACUCAUGUGAAAAUCGUUUUUUUGCCUGCCCAUACUACGAGUCAGUUGCAACCUUUGGAUCAAGGGGUUAUUCACGCUUUUAAACGCCACUAUCGAACAGAAGUAGUUAAACAUACUUUGGGAUGCAUUGAGAAGAAAAAAGACACGACAAUUAAUAUUCUGAGCGCUAUGAAAUUCGCUCGGAAAGCUUGGUUUGCCAUCAGCGAUGUGACCAUCAAAAACUGCUUUAAAAAAGCUGGAUUUUGGAAUGGAGAAAGAUGUGAAGCAGAACCAAUUGAAGUAGGUCCCAGUAAAGAGGAGUGGGAAAGUCUUGUAUCUGACGAAGCAGACCGAAUAAAUUUCGAGGAUUUCGUAAGAGUUGACGUCAAUGUAGUGAUCACCGAAGAGCAGACAGACGACGACAUUGUUGAAAAUUGUGUCCGAGACACAAACGACAACGGUGAUGACAAUGACGAAGAAGCUGACGAGAAUUCGACUAUCCAAGAAAUUUCAAUUCCAAAGCUUCAGGAAGUUUUAAGUGCUCUGGAUAAGAUCUAA